AAAUCCUCCCUAUUCAAAGUCGUCUAGUUGGACCAGGCCAAGCAUUGGCAUCAACACCACCACGCCAAAAUCAACCUCAGCGAUUUUAUAAAUCCAUUGGUCACUCACUCUCAAUCGACUCCUCCAUUUCCAAAUCUCGAAUUUCAGAUCUCGAAAUACAGAGAAAAGCAGAGAAAAUGGGCAGUUUGGGAGCCAUUUUGACGCAUCCGGAUGACAUAUACCCGCUGCUGAAGCUGAAAAUGGCGGUACGCCACGCCGAGAAGCAGAUCCCGCCGGAGCCGCACUGGGCCUUCUGCUACACUCUGCUCCACAAGGUCUCUCGCAGCUUCGGUCUCGUCAUUCAACAGCUCGGCACCGAGCUCCGCAACGCCAUAUGCAUUUUCUAUUUGGUUCUUCGAGCACUCGACACUGUUGAGGAUGAUACAAGCAUUCCUACAGAUGUCAAAGUGCCUAUUCUGAUAGCUUUUCAUCGUCAUAUAUAUGACCGUGACUGGCAUUUUGCAUGUGGUACAAAGGACUACAAGGUUCUCAUGGACCAAUUCCAUCAUGUUUCAACUGCUUUUCUGGAGCUUGAAAGAGGUUAUCAGGAGGCAAUUGAAGACAUCACCAAACGAAUGGGGGCAGGAAUGGCAAAAUUUAUUUGCAAGGAGGUGGAAACCAUUGAUGACUAUGAUGAAUAUUGCCACUAUGUAGCAGGACUUGUUGGAUUAGGAUUGUCCAAGCUUUUCCAUGCCUCCAAGUUGGAAGAUUUGGCUUCUGAUGAACUCUCCAACUCAAUGGGUUUAUUUCUUCAGAAAACAAAUAUAAUCCGAGAUUAUCUGGAGGAUAUAAAUGAGAUCCCAAAGUCACGCAUGUUUUGGCCCCGUGAGAUUUGGAGUAAAUAUGUUAACAAACUUGAGGACUUGAAAGAGGAGGAAAACUCAAUCAAAGCAGUGCAAUGCUUGAAUGACAUGGUCACUAAUGCUUUAAUACAUAUGGAAGAUUGCCUGAAAUACAUGUCUGCUUUGCAGAGUCCAGCAAUAUUUCGAUUUUGUGCUAUCCCACAGAUCAUGGCAAUCGGGACACUAGCUUUAUGCUACAACAAUAUUGAGGUCUUCAGAGGAGUAGUAAAAAUGAGGCGUGGUCUUACUGCCAAAGUUAUUGACAGAACAAAAACGAUGUCUGAUGUCUAUGGUGCUUUCUUCGAUUUUUCUUGUAUGCUGAAGUCCAAGGUUGACAAGAAUGACCCGAAUGCUACAAAAGCAUUGAGCAGGCUAGAAGCAGUACAGAAAAUUUGCAGGGAAUCUGGAGCCCUUACCAAAAGGAAAUCCUAUGUAAUCAGGAGCGAACCAAGAUAUAAUUCGGCUCUGAUUGUGGCAUUCUUCAUCAUACUGUCCAUCAUUUUCGCGUAUCUAUCUGCCAACCGUCAGAAUAAUUAAGAGAUCAUUUUCAAGUCCGACGCUCUUUACAUCAUUUACAGCAUUCGGAGUUAUAAUCCUUGCUUUUGAAUACCGGGGAAAUGCCUAGAGGCUCUUCGUAACACUAUGAGAGGUUUUGACGCUAUAGUUCUGGACAUUACGCUAAAUUUCUAAAAAUCCGUGAUAUUUUUUGUUAAGUUUUUUAUAAUUAAUUUUUUUUUAAUAGCAUAAUUUUAUCCCAUUGGAACUUGAACUGGAACCUCCAUAAAUCCUCUCCAUCCCUUUACGGGCCUCAAAGGCAUGGUCAAAAUCUUUCUAAUUCUUCACCACUUUUUAUUC